AUGUCUGACUUGACCGGUGUCUCCCUCAAGGGUAAAACUGCCAUUGUCACUGGCUCCUCCCGCGGAAUUGGUGCCGGUAUCGCUAUUCUGCUUGCCAAGCGAGGUGCCAAUGUUGUGAUCAACUAUGUUUCCGAGGGCAGCAAGAAGAGGGCUCAGGAGAUCGUUGAUCAAGUUCAGCAAAUUGGAACCAAGGCCAUUUUGUGCCAAGCCAGUCUUAUGAACCUCGAUGAGCAUCAAAGACUUAUCGAUGCGGCACUGAAGAUCAGUGAUACCGGAAAAAUUGAAAUCAUAAUUCACAAUGCUGCUCUCGGCCUGGAGGCAAAUUUGGUCGACACAUCACUCGACUUGUACACAACUCAUUUCGACUGCAAUGUCCGCGGACCAAUUUUCCUGACUAAGCUGGCUUUGCCGCACUUGCCGCGAGGAGGUCGUAUUGUCUUCAUCUCUUCGGCUGCUGCUCGCCUCGGUGUUGCCGGACACACUGUAUACGGCCCAACCAAAGCAGCAAACGAGGCUCUGGUCCGGGUUUGGGCGAAAGAGCUGGGUCACUCCCACGGAAUCACUGUCAACUGUGUUAACCCAGGCCCUGUCGCGACCGAUCAAUGGUUCCAAAGUGAUGAACAGUUCCUUAAGGAUAUGCAGCCCUUGAUUGACGAGACACCCGCGGCUCCUAGGGUAGGUGAAGUUGAUGAUAUCGCUCCUCUGGUUGCUUUCCUUUGCAGCGAGGACGCCAAGUGGACUACUGGCUCGGUUCUGUCGGCCAAUGGUGGUCUCUACAACUGA